UUUUUGCAUUUGUAGAUGAGUGCUGACUUCAUCGCUGCAGCCAACAUGGCAGGAGGAAAGAAGAAAUCCUCUACUUCCCCGUCAAGAUUUCAUAAAACACUUUCAUCCCUAUGGCAGGACAAACACAUGGUGUUAUUCAAAGCCGAGUACACUUUUUUGAUCACGGCCGUGCUAUGGUUCUUGGAAAUUGGGAUAAACAUAUGGGUGAUCCAAAGAGUUGCAUAUACGGAGAUCGACUGGAAAGCAUAUAUGGAUGAAGUUGAAGGAGUUAUUAACGGCACGUAUGACUACACACAGCUGAAAGGCGACACGGGGCCGCUGGUGUAUCCAGCUGGCUUUGUGUAUAUAUUUACAGUGCUGUAUUAUAUUACUGAUCAUGGCCUGAAUAUUCGUUUGGGUCAAUACCUGUUCGCUGUUUUCUACCUGAUCACCCUCCUGCUUGUGUUCCGCAUUUAUCAUCGCACUAAAAAGGUUCCACCAUAUGUGUUUUUCUUCGUCUGCUGUGCUUCGUAUCGGAUCCACUCUAUAUUUGUAUUGCGUCUUUUUAAUGAUCCAGUAGCCAUGAUGCUGCUGUUUGGUGCCAUCAAUCUCUUUCUGGAUGGCCACUGGACUUUAGGAUGUGCUCUCUACAGUUUUGCCGUGUCUGUGAAGAUGAACGUUCUUCUCUUCGCUCCGGGUCUCCUCUUCCUCCUCCUGUGUGAGUUUGGUCUUUGGAAAACUUUGCCCAGACUCAUUCUGUGUGCUGUCAUCCAGGUGUUGUUGGGGUUGCCGUUCCUCCUGGUGAACCCUGUGGGUUAUGUUAGUCGGGCCUUUGACCUGGGCAGGCAGUUUCUGUUUAAGUGGACGGUGAACUGGCGUUUUCUCUCUGAAGAUGUGUUUUUGAAUCGAUACUUUCAUCUUGCUCUGCUUCUGGCUCAUCUCACCACACUUGUCGUUUUUGCUCUGAAGAGAUGGAAAAGGCCUGGGAGCAGUAUUUGGUCUAUUCUAAAGGAACCCUCAAAGAGGAAGGAGAGUCCACAGAAACUCACUGCUGAUCAGACCGUUCUGAUUCUGUUCACCUCUAACUUCAUCGGGAUGUGCUUUAGCAGAUCUUUACAUUAUCAGUUUUAUGUCUGGUACUUCCAUACGCUUCCCUACCUGCUGUGGAGUGGAGGAGUCAAAAAGCUCGCUCACCUGCUCAGGGUGUUGAUUCUGGGUCUGGUUGAACUCUCCUGGAACACGUUUCCCUCCACCACCUACAGCUCUUUAUCGCUGCACGUCUGCCAUCUCAUCAUCCUGCUCUGCUUGUGGUUUAACCCGACUCCAGCUCCUCAGAACAAAGCUAAGCGCCAGUGACCAGGGCCCUCGCUGUGUGGGAUGAGAGCCACUGGGAUCUGCAUCCACAAGACCCUUCUACCCUGGGUGCAAACAAGGGGCAUUGCAGGCGUCAUCUGUGGCCUCAGUCUGUACCAUGAGACUGAAAUCAGUGUGGUUUGUUAACAGUAUGUGUACAGUUAUGCGAUGGACAGAAUGUUUACAUUCAUUCUCAGGAUUGUUAAGGCUUAAUGCUCAAUCCAGGAUGUAGGGAUGUGUGGAUGAAAAGGACAUUUUAUAAAAAAUCAGUUUGUUACACCGGAUGUCAGUGCAGGUCUCUGGUUGUCGGCUAGUGAGCGCAUCGUAUUCAGGACUGUUGAUAUAAGAGCCUAUGAUGUUACUGUGACAUUAAGCUUCUUUCUAAAUUACAGCUUUAUUGAUUUUGAUGUAUUCAGGGAUUUGUUUAAUUUCCAAUUGUGACUAUAAGCUUUACAAGAUCGCCAUGAUAACAUGUAUAGGGCACAAAGGAAUAGCAUUGAUCUGCUUUCCAUUUCUUUAGCGUUUGACACAAUGAACUUCUUCAAUGAAGUUCUUCACUUAGCUCAUGCAUUUGUUUACUGCCUUUGCUUUUUCUUGUCUUUUGUGUUGUUUUUCCUUUUCUAGUGUGAAAAAGGAAAUAGAAGGAAUAGAUCAUUUUUGGGGUGCAUUUUUUAUUUUAUUUUCUGAGAGUGUUAAAGACUGAUCUUAAGCGUUUGGGGUUGGCUUUUUAUUUUUGCAUGCCAAACAUGUGAUAACUGUAACAAAACAGCUGUUGUUCAUAGUAUUUCAGUUGAACUAAUUGAACAUUGAACUGAGAAUUUAUUGAUUCUUUAUUUACUAUAUACAAACUUUAAUAUGA